UCAAAUUGCAGCACAAACAUUCACUUUUCGUGAGCUUGCAGCUGCUACAGAUAACUUCAGGCCAGAAUCUUUCAUAGGUGAAGGAGGGUUUGGUUGUGUAUAUAAAGGGCGACUUCCUAGUGGUCAGAUGGUAUCAGAGCAUUUAAUGAGAAAAUAAUUAUCUAGAAGAGAAAACCAAUUACCAAGCACUAUUCCGGCAACUACCACCAUUGUUUCGAGGUGUCCUCACUCCCCAGGGGGUACUGGGCAUAUACUAGCACCACCAACAGGAUCGGAACCCUCGUGUGACCCUAGCCUAUAAAUUUUGCUGCAGUAGGGUCCCUCACGGGCCUCUAACAGAUUCAGAUUUUCAGCGUCACACCCCCCACGCACCUUCGUGCGCGGAGUUUUUCGGCAGGUUUCUUUCUUCAGCGGGCUCGCCUCUUCAUUGCGAGACCGCCCAUCCAAGUUAUGCUGAAUUUUGACCACUUUUGAUCAGGCUGGCGAAGUUUUCUCUACUGGCAAGCUCCGUCUAUUCUGGACUAGUUUCAAUACUUGGGAUUAUUAUUAUUCAUUUUUAUUUUUUGUUUUGCUUGAUCUGGUUUGGCUUUUGCUUGCGGUUAUUUGCUAGUUUAUUUGUUAGGAGCUCGGUUGCAACAAAAUGGGAUCCAAUACAUUGAAUAGUCGAAUGGUUUCUCUAUCGGAUUAUAUUGAGUUCCUUCAGUACUAAGCAAGUAAACAUACAUCCUCCGAGACAGGCUCAAUCAUGCAGACAGGUUGUUGCUGUUAAGCAAUUGGAUAGGAAUGGGCUUCAGGGUAACAGAGAAUUUUUAGUGGAGGUUCUUAUGCUUAGCCUUCUUAAUAAUCCUAACUUGGUGAAAUUAGUUGGUUACUGUGCUGAUGGAGACCAGAGGCUUCUUGUCUACGAGUUCAUGGCCAUGGGAUCAUUGGAGGAUCACCUUCAUGAUCUCCCUCCCGAUAAAGAACCUUUAGAUUGGAACACAAGAAUGAAGAUAGCAGCUGGUGCAGCAAAAGGUUUGGAGUACCUUCAUGAUAAGACAAACCCUCCUGUUAUUUAUCGGGACUUCAAGUCAUCCAACAUUUUGUUAGACGAGAGUUAUUUCCCAAAGCUUUCUGAUUUUGGGCUAGCGAAGCUCGGUCCUACUGGAGACAAGUCACAUGUUUCCACAAGGGUCAUGGGAACUUAUGGUUAUUGUGCUCCUGAGUAUGCUAUGACUGGUCAAUUGACGGUUAAAUCUGAUGUUUAUAGUUUUGGUGUUGUGUUCUUGGAACUUAUCACUGGACGCAAGGCUAUUGACAGCAGCCUACCUCAUGGACAGCAAAAUCUUGUUGCUUGGGCUAGACCACUAUUUAAUGACCGUCGCAAGUUCGCAAAGUUGGCAGAUCCACGGCUGCAAGGACAAUUCCCAAUGAGAGGUCUCUACCAGGCACUAGCUGUGGCAUCCAUGUGUAUCCAAGAGCAGGCUGCUGCUCGUCCUCCUAUAGGGGAUGUGGUAAACGCCAUUUCAUAUCUAGUAAACCAGCCAUAUGAUCCUAGUACAGUUCCUGGACAAAGGGCGGAUAAUGAUGAUAUGAAAAAUAAAGAUGAGAGAGAUGGAAGGAUAUCUAGGAAUGAUGAUGGGGCAGGGGGAAGUUCUGGACGGAAAUGGGACUCCGAAGGAGGAUCUGAGAGGGACGACUCUCCGAAGGAAACAACAGGGAUGUUAAACAAGGAUUUGGAUAGAGAGAGAGCAGUCGCGGAGGCUAAAAUGUGGGGUGAAAAUUUGAGAGAAAAGAGAAGACAAAGUGGUGAAGACAGUGCCAACGGCACUAAUGGAUAGUUGCCAUAAUAGAGCUCUCAGGUACCAUUUUCCUUUCUAAAUCCCUGCUGGGAUUGUUGGUUACUUAAAGACGCCUUGAUCGGAGCUUCUAAUCGGUUCCUACUUAAAUGGCUGUAUAAAAUUGGAAGUCUCAAUUUUUCAACCAUCUCAGUAAGAAGGUGUGAAAGUUACCUUUUUUCUUUCUCUGGAAAUGACUUGUAUUUUUAUUUUUCGACAUUUUUCCAGCCUUUUUUCUGAAACAUGUAGAGGACAUAUAGGAGGAGCUCAGGGAGAGAGCGUAUUUCAAAACUUUGAGUAAAGAUAUCUCAGUUGAAACGUGUGCCUGUUGGCUCCAUAUUUGUUGGAUAUAUACCACAAAGGGGGAAAAAAGAAGAAGAAGAAGCAUAGUCUGCUGACUGUAAUCUUUGUAUCUAACAUGUUACAGACUAUAAUAUUUAUGUUCAACGAAAUAGGAAAAAUUCUGUACACUUCAGUUUGUGGCGGUGAAGUCUGAAUUGCUCAAACAUAUUCACUAUCAUAUGCCAGCGAGUGCUGUAUUGGAUCUUUUGGACUUCUCAA